GUUGAUGUGUUUUAUUUACAGGUAAAUGUUUACUAUUUGUACAUUUUAAAAUAAGGUAUUUUGGUAUUUUUAUUAUACUGUUCCGAAAAUGUCGUUAAAUUUAUUUCGCUGCGUUAUUUGCAAACGAGCUUUCUUUGACGAAUCAAGAAGAAACGAACAUACAAUGUCGGAGCACAGAAAAAGUUCGUUUCCAACUUCUAAUUCAACAGUUUCUGCAGCUGAAAAGAGUUGCUUAAAUACGACUACGAGACCCGUUCAAAAUUGCGAGUUUUCAAAACACAAACCCUUUAAACCAACAAGUGUAAACAUAAAACAUUCAAAACAUCGUGAACGACGAAAUAUGUCACGGGCACGGCAUUAUGCAGGACGAAGACUGAGUGGGCAGUUCCAGUAUUUGUUAAAGCAUUUGGACCAACUGUGGCCACCAGAUGAGAAUUCAAAAAUUGAAGGGUUAAAACGAUUUCGGAAACUAGGUUGGCUUUUAUCAAAGAUAACAGGUCAUAAUUAUUCCAAAGAAAAACAUGGUUCUGUAAAAAUUGUUCAAGUCCUUAAUCAUGAGUUCUGUCAAAACAAACAUUUAAAUGAAGAAAGAAUCCGAGAAAUUCAAGUCAAGACAGGGGUUUCUCAACUUUAUAUUAAAGCUUGGUUUAAAUGGAAAAAGAACUUGGAAUUGACGACUUCACCAAAGAAGGUUCUGCAAGAAUCAUUUUAUUCAUGUCAGUAUCCAUCGCAAGAAACGAUCAAAACUAUUGCCAGUGUAAUAACUUCGACUCCACAAAAAGUCGAGUCAUGGUUUCUAAUAUCACGAGUCAUCGCUGACAUACUUGAUCCAUCAGCUAAUGAUACAAAAGAAAUGGUGUUAUGGAGGUUGUUUCGUCUAAGGUUUGGAGAAGGUUUGCAAAACUCUGACGUGAAACUCGCUUCUUAUCUUCUUGAUAUGAAAGUUGAAAUUGUCAUGAAGAUCUUCCAAAUAUGGUGUGGUAGGUUUGGUGUUGCUAACCAUAUGAAUGCCGAAACAUAUGAAGCUGGAGGAAAUGAAAUGACGCAAACAUUGCAACAUGUUCAAACACAUACAGAACAUGGUAGCGAUGGUGUUUGUAUUGACGAUGAUAGUGGGGGAAAAUCUGGUGAUGAUACAAUUUAUCAAUCUUUCUUAAGACUUAACUACAGUGCAGAAGUUAGUGAUGACAGCGAUGAUAAUGUGAUGGUCAACACUGCAAAAGAAACACCCCAUGUUGCCAAGGAAAGCAGUGCUUCACUAACUGCAGAGAAAAAGUUAAUAAAUACAAAAAGUUUGAUAAACACUGUGGAAAAUGUAGAGGGUGCUUCUGUGGUUCAAACAUCUGUUGUUUUGACGCCGACUGCUACAGUCCAAGCUCAAACGCCUAUGACACAAAUUUUUUUGGCAAACAGUAAUUCAUUCGCUACAGGUAAAAAUGUGGCAAUAAAAGAAAGGGGUAAUGCUGGCAAAAAUGAAAACGUUAGUGCUACAAAACAUUUGCCUUCUAUUACCAAAGGUGGUGCUUCUGUAUGUGAACAAGUUGGAAAGGCGAGCUUCCCAUUUCAGCCGUAUGUUAAAGUGGAGGUUAAUUCCAAUGAAGCUGAUAAAGAAGAAAGCAUUAGUUUAUCGGAUACCAUUAAGGUCGGAGAUAGAGUUGGUGCUACUAAAGCAACAGUUGGAAACAAACGACGGAAUGUGAAAUUAGAGGUUACUGAGGCGUUUGGAACACAAAAUGAAAACUUUUCUGGUGGAAUGGUCCCUCGAGUGGUUAUACCUCCAGAAGAAAGAAUGUGUGAUGAAAGAAUCAUUUAUAAAGGCAUCUUUUAUCAAAAAGAAACCAACCAACAUCCAAAUUCAUCAAAUGAACAUCAAAAAAUACUAAACCAAGGUAAAGACUUCCUGAGCCAACAUCCAGGGACAUCAGAUCAACAACAAGACACAUUGGACCAAUAUUCCGACUCUUUACCUCAACAUCAAGUGUUCUUGAACCAACAUCUAGACUCUUUCAAUGAAGAUUUCUUACGCCAGGAUCCUGACUUUUCAAAUCAAGAUCCAAAGUAUUUGGAGCAACAACUGGACUCUUUAGGUGAAGAUCAGGAGUUUUCGGACCAACAUCCUGACAUUUUGGAGCAAGAUCCCAACUCUUUGGAUCAACAUCCAGAUUUGUCCGACCAUUCACUGAUUUAUGAAGUCCUUCGGAAGUUGCGGAGAAAACAGAGAAAGAAGGGGAUUCCUCCAAAAGUGAAUGUGGCUGGAGUGGCUCUUGCACACCACCUUGUGGGGAGAGCUAAAAAGAAAAAGUUUUCACAAUUGAAGAAUUAUCGUUCUUUCCUUGAAGAGAAAACACCGCGUGACGAUGAUGUUAUUUUUGUUGGGUCUUGGACCAAACCGAAGUUGGUGAAUAAGAAAAAAUUGGACUUAACUUCAGUUUUACGCAGCUGUGUUGAGGAUGACAUUACCUUUAGUAGAAACAUGCCUCAUGGACACGGAAACCACUAUGUUUUAGAGUUACCAAGCAUAGUAGACCCACCCAAUGCUGUGGAGUCUUUGUACCAAGUUAUUGGGGAGAGUCAAGGGACAUCAACGUAGCAUUCAAAGUGUUUACACCACCAUGCAUGAUAGUUGCACAUUUAUUGCUGCUUUUAUUUUUCGUUGUUUUCUUUUCUUGACGUUACACAGAGUUGCAUGUUAUAUUUAUACUGAUCUCUAUUGGUGUUGUUGUACAGAGUUGUUAAUAUCAAUUUAUUUUUGAGUUAAUACACCUGGUUUCUUUCACA